AACAUCAGAGCUGGAGGACACUUGAAGACAGCAGACACUGGACAUCCACCAUCGACAUUACUGUCUCUAACAGCCUAAUAUAUUAAUAUUGAUCGCUUAUGAAGAGUUCACGACCGCUGGAAUACCUGUGGAGAAGUUACCUGCAUGUUUGAGAUUAGCAUGUUGGAUUUACCUUUUCCCCUAUGAACGUUUUGUUUGUAUGGAUCCUUGGGAGAAAAUUCUGACCUCCAGCAAAAAUCAUCUCCAGGAUUUGUCUGUCAGAAUCACUCACUCAGGAUUGCGUUUUAUUUAAAUGAGUCGUCAUUUAUGCUAAUAACUUACCGGUGUUUUUCCCUGAGACGGAUACUGGAACUAGAAUAAACCGCGAAUAAACGGAACUGCUGUCGACUUGAACAGACAUCAGUCAGGAAAAUCUUGUUAUGAUGCUGCUGAAGCUGAAGUGGACGAGAUCUGGAGUCACAGACACUCCACACACACUGCUCUUCAUCAUCAUCACCUUCUGUGUGUUCUUCAUGCUGGAGAUUGUGGACGCAAACUCAUGGUGGUCUCUGGCGAUGAAUCCUCUGCUGAUUCCUGAAGUGUAUGUGAUCGGUGGUCAGCCGCUGUGCAGUCAGUUAUCUGGACUCUCCAAGGGCCAGAAGAAGCUCUGCCAGCUCUAUCAGGACCACAUGCAGUACAUCGGAGAAGGAGCAAAGACGGGCAUCAGGGAGUGCCAGCACCAGUUCCGCCAUCGCCGCUGGAACUGCAGCACCGUCGACAACUCCACAGUGCUGGGCAGAGUCAUGCACAUCGGCAGCAGAGAGUCAGCGUUCGCCUUCGCCAUCAGCGCAGCAGGAGUCCUGCAUGCAGUGAGCCGCGCCUGCAGAGAGGGGGCGCUGUCCAGCUGUGGCUGCAGCAGAGCCUCCAGACCCUCCGACCUGCCCCGGGAUUGGCUGUGGGGCGGCUGCGGAGACAACCUCAACUACGGCUACCGCUUCAGCAGGGAGUUCGUGGACGCCCGCGAGCGAGAGAAAACCUUCAGCAAGGGCUCGGCGGAGAGCGCCCGGCAGAUGAUGAACCUGCAUAACAAUGAGGCCGGACGCAGGAUAGUGUCAGAUCUGGCUGAUGUGUCGUGUAAGUGUCACGGUGUGUCUGGCUCCUGCAGUCUGAAGACCUGUUGGCUCCAGCUUGCUGAUUUCCGCAAAGUAGGCGACGUUUUGAAGGAGAAAUACGACAGCGCCGCCGCCAUGAGGCUGAACGGGCGCGGGAAACUGGUGCAGAUCCACUCUAAAUUCAACCCUCCGAUGGGCCAGGACCUGCUGUACCUGCAGCCCAGCCCGGAUUACUGCAUCCGGAACAGCAGCUCAGGGUCUCUGGGCACAGAGGGACGGCUCUGCAAUAAGACGUCUGAGGGAAUGGACGGCUGCGCGCUCAUGUGCUGCGGUCGCGGGUACGAUCAGUAUAAAGCGGAGCUGGUGGAGAGAUGCCACUGUAAGUUCCACUGGUGCUGCUACGUGCGCUGCAAACGCUGCUCCAGCAUCGUGGACCAGUACGUCUGCAAGUGACCAGAGAGAAAAUAAAAACACAUUAUUUAUAUUUAUAGUGCUGAAACAGUUAAAAGACUGAGCGUUUUCUAGAAAAAGAAAAAAAAGAAAUAUCCUUUUAUAUAUUUAUUUUCUUAGAUGGUUCUUGUUAUCUGUAUAUACACAGUUGAAGUCAGAACUAUUCGCCCUCUCGUGAUUUUCUUUUCCAAAUAUUUCCCAAAUGAUGUUGAACAGAUUCAGGAAUUUCUCACAGUAUUUCCUAUAAUAUUAUUUCUUCUGGAGAAAGUCUUAUUUGUUUUAUUUCGGCUAGAA